CAUGGCGGGCGGGGAAGGCUUGUGGGGAGGGCCCGAUGACGGGGGGCGGCCGGCCCCCGGUCCUGGAGGACGGGACGGUCCUUCUGGGUUGACCGAGCGGGGUCACCGUCGGGGCCGGGGGCCGAUGAGGCCUACGGGGUGGCCCUAGACCCGAAGGACCGGCCGAAGCGGGGGCAGACAAAGAUCGCCGGGUAGUUGCGGAGAAGCGGGGAUGGUGCCCGUCUGCGGAAGGGCCGCCUGGGCGGCGCUCGGCCCCGGCCGCUCAAACACCAAGGGGCCGGGCUGCAGGAGGAGCAGGAGGAGCAGGAGGAGCAGGAGGAGCAGGAGGAGCAGGAGGAGCAGGAGGAGCAGGAGGAGGAGGGGCGGCGGAAGGGGCGGGGCGGCCGCCAUGUCUCUUGAGGGCGGCGAGGCCGCCGGCCCCGCCAUGCUGGUGGCGGGCACGGCCCGGAUGGCGGCGGGGCGACCGCAGGAGCUGUGGGAGGCCGUGGUCGGGGCGGCGGAGCGGUUCCGGGCGCAGACGGGGACGGAGCUGGUGCUGCUGACGGCCGCGCCGCCCCCUCCCCCCCGCCCUGGCCCCUGCGCCUACGCCGCCCACGGCCGAGGAGCCCUGGCCGACGCCGCCCGCCGAUGCCUGCAGGACAUCGCCCUGGCCCACCGGGCCGCCACGGCCACCGCGCCCCCGCGGCCCCCGCCCCCUCCGGAGCCCCCCGCCCCCCCGGCACAGGCCCCCACCACGGAGGAGGAGGUGGGGGAGGAGGAGGAGGAAGAGGAGGAGGAGACGGAGCCCGGAGAGAGGCGGUAUCCCAGCGACAGCGGAGGCCUGUUUGUCAUGGACGAGGACGCACCCUGUCAGGACCUGCCCCCGUUCUGCGAAUCCGACCCCGAAAGCACAGACGAUGGCAGCGUGAGUGAAGAGGCGCCCCCGGGUCCACCGGCCUUCACCGUGCCUCCCACAGUCGCCCCCACCCAGCAAUACGCCAAGUCCUUGCCCGUCUCCGUGCCCGUGUGGGGCUUCAAGGAGAAACGGACGGAGACACGGUCCUCCGACGAGGAGAACGGGCCGCCCUCGUCCCCCGACCUGGAGCGCAUCGCAGCCAGCAUGCGGGCCCUGGUGCUGCGGGAGGCAGAGGGGACCCAGGUGUUCGGCGAUCUGCCCCGGCCCCGGCUCAACACCAGCGAUUUCCAGAAACUCAAGCGGAAAUACUGACGGGAACACGUCCCCGUGGCCACACGCCGACUGUCCCGACUCUCUCCCCCAACCCCCGAUUUCCCCAUCUCCCCCGCACACAGACACACUACAACCUUGAAGGGCAGGGGGAAAGGAGAUGGGGAACUUAAACUCCCCCUGCCCUGUCCUCCCCGUCCUCCCCUCCCACCACCCACUCAUCGAUCCGCCCCUCCUCUGGUCGUCCCGUUUCCUCCGUUCCUGCCCCUCCCCUCCCAAUGUUGCCUUAAAGGGUGUCUCCCCCCACCAAGCCCCGUGGAUGGGGGGGGGGAGCCCGACCCCUGCACUUGCCCCCCGGGGGGGAGGGGAGGGGGAGUGGGGAUGCUGAUCUGACAAUAAAGACGACAGAUUUUAUCUCUGAA